AUGCCGCGGCAAAACUACAAGUUCGAGGGUUGGGUGGGCCAUGAUCCGUCUUCUGCCGAGGGCAAGAUGAUAUGGAGCGAGUUCCAACCAAAGAGAUGGGAGGAAACGGAUAUCGAUAUCAAGAUCACGCAUUGCGGGAUGUGCGGGAGUGAUGUCCACACUCUGAGAUCCGGCUGGUAUCCAGCACCCUACCCCAUCAUAGUGGGCCACGAGAUCGUCGGUGAGGUCGUAAGAGUCGGCUCCCAGGCCGUCGGGGACCACAAAGUCGGGGACCGUGUCGGCGUUGGCUGUCUCACAGACAACUGCGAGGGCGAUCCGAAAUUCGCUUCCGAGCCUCAUAAAGCUAAGAAAUGCGCAAACUGUGCCGAUGGCGAGGAGCAAUUCUGCCCCAAGGCCCGCUGGACAUAUCCAGGGCCCCACCACAACGGUGACAAGGCCUACGGGGGCUAUGCCACAUAUCAUCGCUGUCCUGGGCGUUUCGCCUUCAGGAUUCCCGAGAAGCUCCAGCCCGCUCAGGCCGCCACCAUGAUGUGUGCCGGCAUCACCAUGUUCUCGCCUUUGAAGCAGUGGGGGUGUGGGCCGGGCAAGAAGGUUGGAAUCAUAGGGCUCGGCGGCCUCGGUCAUUAUGGCGUCUUGUUUGCGAAGGCCAUGGGUGCUGAUACCGUGGUCGCCAUCUCAAGGAGGGAGAAUAAGAGACAGCAGGCUUUGCAGCUCGGCGCGGAUGAUUACCUGGCGACCGAGGACGGCGGCAAGGGGUGGUUUAAGAAAUAUUAUGGACAGUUGGAUUUGUUGAUUUCUACGGUUGCGAGCUCGCGGGCUCCUAUGAAAGGAUACUUGGCACUGAUGAAGCGAAGAGGCACUCUGGUCCAUGUUGGAAAUCCCGAUGAUGGCCAGUUUGUUAUUCCACCAAGCUCGUUGAUCAUGAAGUCGCUGAACUUUGCAGGAUCAUGUAUUGGAUCCGCGGCAGAGACGACGGAGAUGUUGCAGCUAGCCGCGGAUCAAGGUAUCAAAGCUUGGGUGGAGGAGAGACCGAUGAAGGAGGCUAACCAAGCAUUGAGAGACAUGGAAGCAGGAAAGCCUAGAUAUCGGUAUUGUCUCGUGAAUCAGGAGGGCGCGAAGUUAUAGUGAGUGCUUGAUGAUCUGUUAUACCUUGGUUGUUGACAUUCAUGACGCGCCCUUCUUGGCUUAUGCGUCAGGACAUAUAUUGCGUAUAGUCGGUUCCUAUUCGAAGACGUUUGCUCAUAGACGCUGUUCGGAAGCAUAGGUUCAAUCCCAUGUAAUGUAUCUCGUCAGACUAGCUUAUCCGGCUUUGAUCAAGCAUGCUCUGAAAUUCUCUCACAACACAGCGAAGCAAGAACACCCGAUAUUGGGUGUGAAAGCUUGAGUACGACAUUUUCAUUUACCUGCGGGACGCCUAUUCGGUCUAAGACCUCGAUAUGGUCAAUAUCAGAUUUUGCUUGGCUGCUAUGGCCGUCUUCCC